CUGGUAGUUAAAGUGGAUGAAGGAACAAGCAGGAAUUCUUAGUGCUGCAGAAGGGCCGAGAUAUAAACCAGACUGUAGAGGUUGAUAUUUGAAGAGAGGGAGACGCUGCUGUUCAUGGACUAAACUUCAGCUGCUGCAGAGUGAGAAAGUGAGGAGAAUCUUUUGGGCAUCAUGGAUGAUGACUUUGACCGCCGCAUGGAGCUGAGGAGGCAGAGGAGGGAGCAGAUGCGCAUUGAAACUGACACCGUCGGUUCUCCCAAUGAUGAUGAUGAAGAGGAGGCUCGAGAGCGAAGGCGACGUGCGAGGGAGGAGAGGAAGAAGAUGAAGGACAUAGAGGAGCCUGGAUCCACUGACGUGAUUGAUACUAACAGUGUGACAGAGACCGACUCGUCCACCACAACCAGCGCCGGAGGUGAAGAUGACGACCAGGUACUUCUGGACCGGCUCGCCAAAAGAGAGGAGCGCAGGCAGAAGAGAAUGCAGGAGGCCGUGGAGAGACAGAAGGAGCUUGACCCCACGAUCAGCACCACCAACGGUACAGACGACAUGCAGGAGGAACAGACUGCCGAUCGCAGCAGCAGCAGACAGGAACAUACAGAGGAAGAGGAGAAGAAGGAGGAGGAGGAACCAGUCCAGGAGGAGGUGGCAGAAAUAGAUUCAAACUCCUGGAGGAAAGACGAGGAGGAGAGAAAGGAAGAUGAGAAGGAGGAGAUAGAGGAGAAGACUGCAGCAACAGAAGAAGAUGUUGAGCAAGAUGCUGAAGAGAAAGAUGUGCCUGAUGUUGACGAGGAGGAAGAGAGAAGGAAGAGAGAAGAGGAGGAAAAUCAACAAAAGGAGAUGGAAGAAAAGCAGAGGCUAGAAGAAGAGGAAAGGCAAAAAAGGGAAAUGGAAGAAAAACUGAAGAAAGAGGAAGAAGAAAGGCAGCUAAAGGAGGAGGAGGAAAGAAAGAGAGGGGAAGAGGAAGAAAACCAACAAAAAGAAAUGGAUGAGAGGCUGAGAAAAGAGGAACAGGAAAAACAGGAACAGGACAUGGAAGAGAAACUGAAGCGAGAAGAAGCAGAAAGACAGAAAAGGGAGAUGGAGGAGGAGAAGAAGAAGAAAGAAAAGGAAGAGAAACGAAGAAGAGAAGUGGAAGAGAAGAAGAAAAUGGAGAAGAAGAAAGAGGAGGAGGAGAAGCCAAAGAGAUUUGGUUUGAAAGAAAAGAAUGAACCAGCCAAACCUGCCAGCGCUCUCUUUGAGAAUAAACUGAAGAAAACAGAGAAGCCGUCAAGGGACAAUGUUCCCUCCACCAAGGCAGAUGACGCGGAGCGACAGGAGGCCGAACGUAAACUGCAGGAGCUGAAGCGCCGACGAAACGACGCAGAGAGCGAGGAGAUUGAGAAGAUGAAGCAGAAGCAGCAGGGCGCAGAGGCUGAGCUGGAGGGGCUGAAGAAGAAGAGAGAGGAGAGGAGGAAGAUCAUGGAAGAGGAGGAGAGGCAGAAGAAACAGGAGAUGGAGGAGAGGAAAGCCAAAGAACAGGAGGAGAGGAAGAGGAUGAAAGAGGAGAUUGAGAAAAGGAGGGCAGAGGCUGCAGAGAAGAAGAAACAGAUGGAAGAGGAGGUGUCUUCAAAACCGUCCUUUGCUAUCAGUCCUAAAGGAUCGGCAAAGAUUGGGGAGAAGGCAGAAUUCUUAACCAAAUCAGCCCAGAAAAGCACACCCAGAGCGUUUCACACUCCAAUGGUGUCCAAGAUAGGAAACAGAAUGGACCAGUACGCUUCUGCCAUCCAGGGAAACAAAGAAGCCAAAUCCCCCAAGUCUCUGAUGGCAGAUAUUCCUACAGGAGGCACGCGGGGCAUCAAGAGCAUGUGGGAGAAAGGAAAUGUCGGCAGCUCCUCUGAGAGUCCAACCCCUGCCAACAAGGAUGUAGCUGGUAUAAAAGGGGGCGUGACUGGACGUGUCAACAGUUGGAUGGCAAAGCCUGCAGAGGCGGAGAAGCCAGCAGCACCUUCACCUUCACCUGCACCUGCACCAGCAGCAGCACCGGCACCAGCGGCAGCAUCACCAGCAAAGCCAGCAGAUACAAAACCAGGUGACAUGGGUAACAAACGUGGCAUGUGGGAAACCAAGAAGGGCUCUACACCUGGGAAGUUGGCAGCUGGACUCAAGAGCAAGUUUAACACCAAUGCAGGCGUGAGACCCUAACUACUGACAUCCUCUUUGAAAUACAGCCUUACCUGACCAAUCACACAGCUCUGCUACUGUAUGUGCAUCAAUAUCCCUUCAACAUUGAGUGUUUUUGAUGACGUUCUACCAGACUGAGAAAAAGACAGGGGACCAGGAUCAGCAACUCGAAAGAAUUCAAGCAUCAAAGUCUUCCAUAUCUGUAGUGCUCACAAAAAGCCAAACAUGUAACAUCUAGUGAGGGUCUUCAGGACAUAGUGCCAUGUGUUAAAUGCUUAGUUAUGAAGUAUAUUUCUGUUUAAUCAAGGUUAGUCUUUACAAAUUUCUGUCUGUGGCUGUCAAGAUGCAUCAAUGUUAUGUUGUUUUCAAGCCAAGCUAUGUGAGUAUUGUCAUCUAGGUAUGCAUGAUCAUGAGUGUUUACACAGGCUCUGCUUUUUUAUUAUGAAAGUUGCUAUUUUGACUGCAUGUGAUGACUGAGGCUUUUUAAUGUCCAUCUCACAGCUAUGAUUGAAUUAUUACAUUGGAGCGCCACUGAUCUAGAUGAUGGAUUAUUAGUCUGUAAAUACAGAGUGAAUUCAAACGUUGGUACCACUUUCCAAAAAAGGUUUCCUCAGUGGAAUCUCAUGACUCCCUUAACUGAUAUGUUUUUAAUGAGAGCAGGUUUUUGGGCUACUUCUGUUUUGGCUCUUAGUAAAAUAUCUCAACAAAUUUUGGAAAUUUCUAAAUUUGGUAAAGAUUUUCAUGGUCCAAAGAGUGCGGUGGCCCUGAAGGACAAAAUAAAUUUACAAAAUAUGGAACACUUUUACAAAGUUGGAGACAAAUUUAUAUUUUGGAAAACAUAUUUUCAUUU